AUGAUCCUAGAACACGUGAAUCGGGCCCCAUCGAAUCUCGCCUUGGACAACGGAAGUGGAAUGAAUCGCUUCAACGAUUCUGAUGGCAGCUGGUGCAGUUUUUUGGUAACUCUGGCUGACGUGCCCAUGUAUCAGAAUUCUCUUGACCGGUGGCUGCCGUGGAGAUUUGCCAACAAUCCGGGCACGCCAUGUCUAAUGCCUCCUGCCUCCGGUCUCCAUACACCUCUCAUGCCGAUCACUGUGUCUGGCGCCGCUGACGCUGCAUGCCAAAGCAGAAGAAGGUCUAGUUUGCCGGGAACGACUUUGACCGAGUCCUAUCUCCCUGGAAUCCCACUCCCAUGCGUUAAGGGUGAUCGGAAUCGUCCUUCUGCUAUGGCAGCCUUGCAGACAGAUGAGUGA